AUGGCCUCUCAAGCCAUCAACAGUGAAUGGGGGUCAAUUGUACUAUCGUUAGCUUUUCUCUUUGCGUUGGCUCGCAGGGUCCGCACCAUUUGCAACUCACCAAAGAAAAUAGCAUCUGCUCCUAGAGGGUACAAGCACAUAGUAAGUAGCUCUAACUGCUCAAAGUUGCGAUUGUCUCAGUAUGCAUCGCAGAUAUUUUUUGCCACGGUGAUUUGCAUAGUUCACUUGACAUCAGGGACUGGGUUUGGAUCACACGCACAUUUCUACAAUGGUCUGGCCGCCUUAAACGCUUGUCUCUCGGCUGCUAUAUCGAUGGUUGAGCAUACUCAAGAUGUUCAAUCAUCGCACCUGGUGCCGGCAUACCUUGCUGUUGCACUAGCACGAGAUAUGCAUAAGACGUGGAACAUGACAUGUCCCACGGUGUUUGACUGCGGCGGAAUAAAGUUAGGAUUAUGUUUGGAAGCACUAUGGCUAGUCUCCUUUAUCCGUUCUUGGGUAUGGGGAGGAUAUCUACAUUUCCAGGUAUCAGCUUCAGAGGAUGCCGCAGGGCUCUUUAGCUUUGUUUCCUUCUUCUGGAUCAGCCCUAUGCUGAGGGAAGGCUAUAUAUCGACGCUUCAUACUGCAGGGUUGCCUGGGAUUCAUCACAUGCUAUCAUCAAGAACUCUCCGCACGGGAGCCAUCAAAGCGUGGACUUCAAGAACCGGGUCUCACAAACGGAGCCUUCCUCUUACCUUGGCUCGUUGUAUCAAAUCUGCUUUUCUGUUUCCAAUUAUUCCUCGCCUCUUCGUCAUUGUAUUCCGCUACGCUCAACCGUUGAUCAUGGAUGCUGUUAUCCGUUUCGUCAAGGAUACAACUACCUACAGCAAUAGUGGCCUUUGGCUUAUUUUCUUUGCUGGUAUUAUUUACCUAGGAAUGACGAUCUCUGCAGCAAUUUAUCAACGCUGCAUUGAUAGGCUGCGUAUUAUGGUUAGAGGAGCCUUGAUUGGCAUGAUACACGAUCAAGCGAUGAAACUCCCUGGCAAAGAGGCUGAGUCGGAAGCCGUGACAUUAAUGAGCUCCGAUGUUGACAGUGUUGAGUCAGUGGGUGAGAUUCUACAUGACACAUGGGCCUACCUCUUAGAGGUAGCUAUUGGCACAAUGCUGCUGGCUGCCCGGCUUCAAUGGUUUGCAUUUCUUCCACUGGGCAUUAUAUUUGCUUGUUCAAGAAUGAGUGCCUACGUAGCUAAGCACUUGGAAGGUAGACAAAAGGACUGGAAUGUUGCAACUCAGGCGCGCAUUUCCGCAAUCACGAGUGUGCUUGGUGGGAUCAAGAGCUUGAAGAUGAUGGGUAUGGAGGAUGUAGGACAAUCCCGUAUCUCUCAAUUACGUGAGAAGGAGCUACGCCUGUCUGAGCGCUUAAGGUGGAUUCUCGUCGCCUAUAAUGCCAGUGCAAACUCACUUGGUAUAUUUGCCCCGGUAUUGACCUUGGUAUUCUAUGCCCUAUCACCUAGAACUGAUGGCUUGCACGCCAAUGAGGUAUUCACGUCUAUCGCUCUUCUUUCUUUGGUCACGCAUCCGGCCAAUAUGGUGAUGACUUUGGUCCCUCGUGCCGUUGGUAUAAUGGCAAACUUUGCACGCAUCGAGGCAUACAUUAGUCGGUCAUCAGUUGUGGAUACUCGACAGAUUGCUGGCAAAGAAAAGGCCCAACACUUGGCAUCACUAGAUCACGUCUCCAUCAGGAAUUCUUCAAUAACGGAUGCGCCAAUACUUCGAGAUGUCUCCUUCAGUAUUGCUAAAGGGGAGCUAAUCGUCUGUACUGGUGCGGUUGGAAGUGGAAAGACCACAUUAGCCAUGGCCCUGCUUGGAGAGUCAGCCUCAGGAGGGUCAAUGUUCCUGGCUUCGAAGAAAAUUGCAUACUGUGAUCAGGCGCCUUGGCUUCCUAGCGUUACUAUUCGGGAUGCUAUACUUGGUGGCUCUGAUUUUGACGAAGAGUGGUACAAACUGGUCAUAGAUGCAUGCUGCCUGGCCCUUGACUUGGAAGCCCUUCCAGACAGUGACUCGACAGUUAUCGAGAACAACGGCAUGAACCUGUCCGGAGGACAACGUCAGCGUAUAGCUCUUGCACGCGCUGUAUACUCGCGAUACGAUAUGUUGAUUCUCGAUGAUCCAUUCAGUGCCCUUGACAAAACCGUUGUAGAGCACAUCGUAGACAGGCUCCUUGGCCCGAAGGGCUUGUUUAAAGCAACGAAAGCAGGGGGCUCAGAGGCACGUCUAGAGGAUCCUAGCAGCGUUCAGAAAGGAGAACAAUUAGAUAGUAUCGUGGCCUCUACCGCAGGCGUCGUCCAGAAUACUCAGCCCUCCGAGUUGCAUGACAAAAAGAUGCCUGGUCAAAAUAAUCGACUGAGUGAGGCUGCCAUCGACUUAUCACGGAAGACUGGAGACGUUGCUGUCUAUGGGUACUAUAUUAAUGCAGUUGGCCAUGGGAAUGCCUUACUGAUGACAGCCUGUACCGCCACGUAUUCAUUCUGCCUGACCUUCUCACAGUUUACGCAGUUGAAGGUUGCCAUUCGCUCGGGGAUGGUGUUGCAUUCCCAGCUGCUUGAGCGGGUUCUCCGGUCAGUUCUAGCUCACCUCCGCCAUUCUACCUUACUGACUGAAUUAAACUUAUCUAGAGCACCAUUGUCCUAUUUUGCUGAAACUCAUAUCGGCGUCACUCUAAACCGGUUCUCCCAAGACAUCGCGUUAAUCGACAAGCAACUACCCUCCGCUCUCGCCAAUCUAAGUACCCCCUUGAUUGUGUACGUACAGCCGGUGAUGCUAGUCACGAUACCACCAUGUUACAUACUCGUUUACCUCAUCCAAAAAGUCUACCUUCGGACCUCUCGCCAGUUACGGUUCCUCGACCUCGAUUCGAGAUCGCAAUUGUACACAAAUUUCUUGGAUACAACCAGAGGCGUAACUACAAUACGCGCGUUCGGCUGGCAGGAAAAAUUCGCAACCGACAACAUCCAGGCAUUGGAUAUGUCACAGAAGCCAUACUACCUGCUCCUCUGCUUACAAUGCUGGCUUAAGGUGGUUCUGGACUGUAUAAUGGCGAUCAUUGCCAUAGGUCUGAUAACGCUUACUGUCGUAUACCGGAACUCCACAGGGGCCGAUAUCGGACUGGCUUUGAAUUUGAUGAUCGGAGCGAAUACCACGCUUUUACGUUUAAUUCAAAACUGGACUUCCUUGGAGACCUCGCUCGGGGCGGUUUCUCGCCUGAAGGAUGUGCAGGAACGUGUCCGUAGCGAAGAUGAUGCUAGGGGUGCUAUAGAGCCAGGUCCACGGUGGCCGUCCGGGGGAGAAUUGCGGAUGCAGCAUGUCACGGUGUCCUACUCCAAGAAGUCAGAGCCUGCUCUGCGAGACGAAGGUAGGCAGUAUCCAGUAAACCGAGCGUUUCAUGCACGAGCUGACAUGUUCAUUGGCUAUAGCGGCAAAAGCACUCUCAUGCUCUCCUUACUCCGUCUUCUGGAAACUAUGCACGGAGACAUUUAUAUUGACGACAUCAACAUCGCACAUGUACCUCUACAGGUCCUUCGACAACGGGGCAUCAUCGCCGUACCACAAGAUGGCUUCAAUAUGCCGACCGCGAGUAUCCGCUUCAAUCUGGACCCGUAUAAUAAAUGUACGGAUGAUGACAUCGUGCAAGCACUGAAGAGGACUCACCUCUGGGACAAGAUUUCCGCCUCUUCCUCAGGCUUUGAUGACACACUGGACCUUCCCAUGUCAACAAUUCUCCCCUUAUCCGCCGGUCAGAUGCAACUCUUCGCGCUCUGUCGGAUGCUUAUCCGUGUGGAGAUAAAUAGGUCGUCGAAACCGAUCAUCAUCCUCGAUGAAGCUAGCUCGUCAUUGGAUCUUCAGACGGAGGCUAUUCUGGGAGGUAUUCUGCGGGAAGAGCUCAAAUAUCACACAGUCAUCAUGAUUGCUCAUCGAGCUGAGGGGAUCAUGGGUGCAUUGAGGGCAGGAGUAGAUGCCAUUGCUACGAUGAAGGAUGGAAGGCUACGGGUAUCUGUUAUUGGCACAUCGAUGGAUCGUGUUGAUGAGAAAUAG